AUGCCGCCGCCUCCCAUCCCAGUCGAACUCAUCGAGCAUGCGAUCAGUUUCCUGCGUGGAGAUACCCCCUCGCUCGCUGCUUGCUCCCUCACCUGUCGUGCAUUGCUGCCCAUCUCACGCGUGCAACUUUGGCAUAAGGUCGAGCUUUCUGUGCAGUCUGACGGCUCGUACAGCUUACGCACCGAAGCAUUCAGGAACGUCAUCACAAGCAACCCCGACAUCGCGUCCUACGUGGACUCUCUCGUUUUUCUCCCAGUAGAGCCAUCAAGCAGCCAAAACGUGCCUUCCGAUGGAGAGGCGUUGAUCACGCUCUGUACAAGCCUUCCUGUGCUCCGAUCCCUACGUCUACGCCGCCUGUCAAUUCAGUAUCUCUACGACGUAAUCCCACUUAUUCGCGAUCUGCCCAACCUCGAAUCUCUCUACCUGGACCGUGUUAGCCCUGCAGGGGCGGGCUCGCAAUUGGGAUGGCUUCAACAGUAUGUCCAAACUCCCACUGUAGGACCGGUGGGCGGGCCACCGCCGGUGUGGGGACUACGCAAGCUGUCCAUCACCGGAGGUGCCACAAUACGUAGUGCGGAGGUCACACGGCUGGCGCACUUCUUGGAAUGGGCAAAGGACGCGGAACUUCUGCCAAGGCUGGAGACACUCAACUUUUGCAGUCCCGUGCUUCCCAGCGUAGCUAGAGGUGGUCCCGCCGCACCCGGCAUUCCGUCCUUUGCACCGUCGCUGCGCCACUUUGGGAUCCUGCUCUGCGACCUCGACAGUGUGGGUAUUGUCCCUGAAGGCCGCCAGCAUGUAGAACGCGUCAUGUCGGGUUUACCGCGAUGCAGCGCCCUGCGGUCGUUAUACCUCCGGUACGACUGUCGCUCGGCACAUCUAGGCCACGCGGCCCGCGAACAUGCUGCCGGGACGCCCCAGCCACCUAGUACGCCAACACCCUUCUUCCUCGACCGCCUCGCAGACGUCCUGUCCGCACCUGGCCCAGCGCCGCUGCCGCUCCUCGAAAAGCUUACUCUCAUAUUUGAGAGCCCAGCCGCUUGGCUCGUCGGCUCCGAGACCGUGUUUGCGCGCCUUGCGGAUGCACUCAUCGGGGAUGCUGAAGGGUCGCAGGGCGCACGGGGAGGAGUAGGUCGGGAGAAGAGGUACCCGCGGUUCUCUCACCUGCGUGUGCGGACCUCUUGCCUCCCACUGAUCAAGGUGAUUUUUGGAGAUGCGGGUGUUGAAGAGGAGCGCAAGCGGCAGGAGGCGGAUAGAGUGGGUCUGAUUGUUCCUAUGCUAGCACGCUUCGUGCGGGCGGGCGUGCAUGUCGAGGUUUUAUGCGGUUGA